UAGCUAGCUAGCUACAUGUGCAAUCUCAGAAUGGUGUCCAGAAUCGCUUAGUCCUUAGAGUUAGAAGCACUAGCUAGCUACUCAUGAUCAUGCAGUGUUUUCAAUGGAGUAUUUUGAUGCUUGUACUAUCUAGCUUCUUGUUUGUGUCGUUGAUAAUAAACUGCUUUACAACGGGGCGAGCAAAACGUCCUAAUAUCAUAAUAUUUUAUGCCGAUGAUUUGGGCUAUGGCGAUCUGGAGCCGUACGGACACCCCACUUCUUCCACGCCAAACCUUGGGCGGCUAGCAGCAGGUGGAAUAGUGCUAACACAAUUUUACUCCUCCUCACCAGUGUGCAGCCCUUCAAGAGCUGCAUUGCUGACUGGCCGAUACCAGAUGCGAUCUGGAGUUUACCCGCGUGUCUUCAAUGUUGAAAUGUCUGGAGGUCUUCCUCUCAAUGAGACUCUUAUAUCCAAAAUGUUGAAGCCAGAAGGCUACAGAUCAGCAGCGGUGGGGAAGUGGCAUCUAGGACUAGGCAACAAUUCAGUUUAUCUACCCCACAACCAUGGAUUUGAUGAGUUCUUAGGCUUGCCAGCAUCUCCCUCCCAGUGCCGUUGCAGUGUCUGCUUCUAUCCUAAUGUAACCUGUCAUCGUGCUCCUUGUAGUCCUGAAUAUAGCCCUUGUGCGCUCUUUAACGGUACCACAAUCAUCGAACAACCAGCUGAUCUCCUGACGUUAGAUGACAAAUACGCGAUGCAGAGCAGACGUUUCAUCAGAACCAAUGUUGAAACUGGGACACCCUUUUUCCUGUACUAUGCCUCGCAUCAUACGCAUCACCCUCAGUAUGCUGGGAAGGAAACAUCGGGUACAUCGAUAAGAGGACGAUUUGGAGACUCACUGGCGGCCUUGGACUGGGAGGUGGGACAGAUAUAUGAAGAGCUGAAGGAAAACGGAAUUCUUGAGGAUACAUUCUUCUUCUUUUCAUCAGACAAUGGACCAAGUCUUUCCCUUGAGAACUUUGGAGGAAAUGCAGGACUGAUGAAGUGUGGAAAGGCAACAACGUACGAGGGCGGUAUCAGGGUGCCUGCCAUCGUACACUGGCCAGGACAAAUCACCCCAGGCAGGUCAAUGGAACUCUCAAGUACCCUGGACGUACUGCCAACUAUUGCUUCCAUAACCAAUGCUAAGCUACCCAACGUUACACUUGAUGGCUACGACAUGUCACCAUUCCUUUUUCAAGGCAUGCCUAGUCUCAGAGAAUCCUUCUUCUAUUAUCCUUCAAAAGUUGAUACCGAACACAAGUCAUAUGCGGUACGAUAUAAGCAGUACAAGGCCGUUUUCUACACUGAAGGCAGUGCUCUCUCCAACAAUAAGAACAAAGAUGUUGAUUGUCGAGGUACAUCGCUGCGUACGUAUCAUGACCCUCCUAUGCUGUUUGACCUUGAGCAAGACCCUUCAGAGCAGUACAAUAUCUCUAUCAACCAUUCUCCUGAAAGAGAUAUCAUCCUAAAGCUCACAAAGAUGAGGGCCGACUUUGAUGCCAAAAUGGUAUUUGCACCAUCUGAAAUGAAUAAGCCAAGGGACAAGAAUCUGAUGCCGUGUUGCAAUCGAGGAUGUAGCCCCUACCCGUCCUGUUGUCACUGUAUCAGCAGCGCUCCGCGAGCUAACAAUGAUCCGUUGGCGCUCUACAAAAAACCUAUGGAAAAAAUUAUCUAAUACGCGAUAGUAGAUGGAAAUUGUCUUAUGUCUACCAUUGAGAUAAAGAAGUUACCUAGCUAUGAGGCUGAAGAAAAAAAAGGAUUCCAUUUAAAUGUUAAAGGUAUGUUUCAAUGCCUGGGCAGCAAGAAUGUCUUAAGCAAUUGUAAUCAUGUAGAUCUUUAAAGACGAUCCAAACUUUGAUCUUCAUUGUGCAAACAAUUGAUAUAUGAAAUGAAAUAAAUUUGAAUCGAUCAAUCAAUAUUAAAUUGGAUGGCCUUCCAUCUAAAUUUUAAAGAUAUGUUUCAGUGCAUGGGCAGCAAAAAUGUCUAUAGAACACAUCGCCAUCUUUGUCACUAUAGUACUAGUAAUUAUGUCAUAUUAGAUGGCCUUUCAUCUAAAUGUUAAAGAUAUGUUUUAAUUAGUGCAUGGGCAGCAAAAAUGUCUUAAGAACACAUCGCCAUCUUUGUCACUUUUGUACUAGUAAUUAUGUCAUAUUAGAUGGCCUUUCAUCUAAAUGUUAAAGAUAUGUUUUAAUUAGUGCAUGGGCAGCAAAAAUGUCUUAAGAACACAUCGCCAUCUUUGUCACUAUAGUACUAGUAAUUAUGUUAUAUUGGAUGGCCUUUCAUCUAAAUCUUAAAGAUAUGCUUUAGUGCAUGGGCAGCAAAAAUGUCUUAAGAACACAUCGCCAUCUUUGUCACUAUAGUACUAGUAAUUAUGUUAUAUUCAUCUAAAUGUUAAAGAUAUGUUUUAGUGCAUGGGCAGCAAAAAUGUCUAAAGAAAACAUUGCCAUCUUUGUCACUAUAGUACUUGUAAUUAUGUUUUAUUGGAUGAGCUUUCAUCUAAAUGUUAACGAUAUGUUUUAAUUAGUGCAUGGGCAGCAAAAAUGUCUUAACUCUUUGCCCGCUUCGUUCGGCUUCGGAACGCAUUUAAUUCUAUUGUACGCACACACACACAAUAGUAACGCGUGCUUCGCAUUGUAUACACAUCACACUUCAUUGCACCGCUUUCGCAGACAUUGUUUACAUUGACAUUUUCCGAGAAAAAUUGAGUUUUUGAAACUACUUUUGCAAAUAUUCUGAUGAGCUAGGAUGGCCCCUAUUAGGAGGAGACGGGACUUCUUCACUGCUGACCAGGUACGAGAACUUGUGAUGGACCCUGUUCCAACAUUUUGACAAGCAAUGCAUACAGUGAAAAUGUUAGGUUUUUGUUAUUCUUUGAAUACAUAACUGUCAUGACUGUGUCAAGUUUAAUUUACAUAAUGGUCCAUUAUCUAAGCUAUGAUAAAUAAUGAUAAUGCAGUUAUUUUGUUAUGUGUUCUGAUUUGUAUACAUUCAUGAUGUAAUUUUUUGGUAUGCUUUCACCAGGAAGCUGAACUAAAUGUUGGGGUUGUGUGGAAUAACAAUGUACAAUUUGAUCUGCAAUAGAUGAAUGCCUUAUUUUCGGGUUGUGUGGAAUAACAAUAUAGUUACAAUUUGAUAUGCAAUAUAUGAAUGCCUUAUUUUCGGGUUGUGUGGAAUAACAAUAUAGUUACAAUUUGAUUUGCAAA